CAUUUUCUAAUAACGUUAAGAAUAUAAUAUUCAUUCAUCUUUAUGUAUUUAUGUGUGUGUAUUAUUAAUUAAUAUUUUAUUUAUUGAUAUGUCAUACAUAUUUCAUAUAUAUGACGAAAUUUUAUUUUAACUUUUUCUUUUAUUUGCUAGAAAAGCUCGUAAUAUUCAAUGGGUACUGGUUAUAAUGCAUAUCUACGAUAAUAACGCUAUUUUUAUUUAAAUUUAAAACCGGUAUGACUAGAUAAGAAUGCAUUUUCGCAAUGAUGACAUCUUGCGGUAAAUAAAUCCACGUUUCAGGACCGUAACUUCUUCUUUGUGUGACAAUUGAAUAUAUUUAUAUUAUUAUCUUAGUGAAAAUAGCUUCGAUAUUUCGAUCAAAUUUAAAUAAACCUAUUAAUCCGAUUUAUUAAAUUCUGUUUUUUUUUAUACUGGAUUUUACACUGAUAGGAAAGUAUAAACAGUUUACGAAAUGUAAAUUCAAGAAAUUAACAAUGAGAUUAAAUAUUUUUUCUUAACGAGGGUGUAGUUUUAACAAAUCGUAAAAAGUAACUUAAUCAAAAUAAAUUCCAAUGUUACUAUCGAUAUAAUUGUACGGUUCCUUAAAAGCAGAAUGUUGAAAGUAGUAAAAAUUAACAAAAAAAAUAAGUUUAAAAUUCAUUUCCUCUUCGAAGAAUAUCGAAAAUAAAAAAUGGAGAGAACAAAAAUAUAGUAGCUUUUUAUUUUCCAUUAAGAGAGUGAACUUCUUCUUGAUAUUAAUGAAUAUGAAUAUCCAAGAGCAAAUGAAACACUUAGAAAGAUACACAAAGAGUUAUGGCAGGAAUAUUAUGAAUGUUUAAAAAAGACAUAUAACGAAAUUGGAUCAGAGAAGAUGAUGUAUCCAAUAGCGUUUCAAGCCUUAGAAGGAACACUUGUCACAUUAAAAUGUCAAAUAUGUAUCUCUCCAAUAGAAAUAUAUGUUAGUGAUGAUGUAGAAUGGUAUUUCAAUAAUACAGUUAGCAAUGAUACAAGUAGGCUUAUAGAAUCAGAUAAUGUGUUCAUUUCCCCAGAAGACAGAUCAUUAAUAAUACAUAACAUUAAGUCUGAACAAGCUGGUCAAUAUUGGUGUAAAUUUGGGGAUACAUUAUCAAUAUAUUACUAUAUAUCCAUUGACACUGAUCUUGAAGGAGUAAAAACUGUAUAUCCUACAACAGCACCCAAUAUGCCUCAUGCAAUACCACAAAAUAUUGUAUCAGAAUAUAAUUUAAAUAUCUAUACAACAUGGACUAAAUGGUCCUUAUGUUCUAACUGUAAUGUAGUUGGCAAGAAAGUUCGGUAUGGAUAUUGUACUGUUUCUUCACGUGCAGAUAUCAACAAGAAAAGUAUAAUAGAAGAAAAACUACUUGCAAAUUAUAAACGGCAAACUGCAGAGAAUGAACAAAAUGGAACAAUAGAAACUACAACCACAAUUCAGGAUCAAAUUAUAGAUAAAAGUAUGAAUGAUAAAAUCAAAAUGGUUUUACGUUUAUUUAGAAACAAAAUACCUUGUAAAAGUAAAUAUUUGCCAAAAGCUUUGGACAUUUUGAAUAUUAAAGAUAGAAAAACAGAAAUUAUGGUGCGCUAUUGUAAGAUAAAGUGUCCAGAAAAUAUAAUAUUCGAAGUACGAGAUAAGAAGGGAAAUGUACUUGAAAGUGCAAAUAAUAGUGCUGGUAUAUAUUCUAUGGUUCAAGGAAUGCCUGCUCCAUCACCGCCAGUUAUACGCACAACAAUUUAUCAAAAACAUGAUAAAAAAGCAGUUCUUGUGUGUCCAGGAAAUUUAAAUACAGAUGUACCAAUUAAUUGGAAAAUAGAUGACAAAAUCUUAAAUCCGUCUAUUGUAAAAGACCAAUCUGAAGGAAGAAUUUAUUUUAAUUCGCAAAUGCAUAUAAUCUUCAAAUCAUUAAAAUUUCAAGAUGCAAAUAUAUAUAGUUGCUGGCAAAGAAAUGAAAUCGUUGGUGUAAUAAAAUUGAAUGUAACUGGAGAAAUGGAACUACAAACAAAUUACAGUGUUAUUAUGAUUGGUGGAAUGUUAAUAAUUGUUGUAUUCAUGAUUGUGUUUUGGAGGGCAUUUCAAACUCGUAAACGUUUUACGAUACAUUGACUGUAUCAUGCAUUAUUUCUUUGAAAUAAAACAACAUACGAUGUUGCAAAAAAGGUAUAAAUAACUAAGAAAGAAGGAAAGAGUUAUUUUGAUACAAUG